AUGGUCGGCACCUUGUGGCCGUACUCAUUGCUGAUGGUCCCAGUACCGGUGUUCAUCUACGCGAUCCUCUUCCAGUUCGCGCGCAAGUCCAUUCGGCAGUUCCAGCAAUUGGACAGCGUGUCCCGGAGCCCAAUCCAGUCACUCUACUCUGAGGCACUCAGUGGGAUCGUUAGUGUGCGUGCCUUUGCCUCGGAACAGCGCUACGAAGCGCUCUUGGCCACCUAUUUGGACGUCAACUCUGCAGCAGUGCUGACUUUCAACACAUCCAGUCGAUGGCUUGGGGUGCGUGUGGAGCUGCUGGCUGCUCUGGCAUCUGGACUGGUAGGUUUGGGAUGCUGGCUUCUGCGCGAAGAGAUCUCUGCAGGAUUGGUCGGCCUGUGCUUCAUUUGGACCACCAACUUAGCAACAUCCUUGGGAUUUAACUGUAUCUUCUCCAGCCAGGCAGAGGCUGUUUUCACUUCCGUGGAGCGUAUGGCCGAGUACGCCUCGGACGUUCCUUGUGAAGGUGCACACCAGGGCCUGGAUACCUGGCAGAUGAGUCCUGGAACCCGGAAGGAAGUUGGCGAGGGCCCGAUGCCGCCGAAGGCGCGAAAGGCUGACAUGACUGACGUACCUCUCUUGAUCUUCGAGAGGGUCUCGCUACGAUACCAACCGGGCUUGCCCUUGGCCUUGGAUUCGGUAUCCCUGCGGGUUGCGGCUUCCGAGCGCGUGGCUGUUGUCGGGCGCACAGGUUCAGGCAAAUCGACGCUGGCUGCGGCUUUGUUUCGGCUUUGUCCUCUAGAGACGGGAUCUGUCCUGAUGAAUGGAAUCGAUCUUGGGUCUCUGCCGCUGGACAUGGCACGAAAGUCGAUUGGCAUCAUUACCCAAGAUCCGGUCAUCUUUAGUGGGACUGCGCAGUACAAUCUCGAUCCCUUCAACGAGUUUGAGGAGGUGGAUUGUGCUGAAGCCCUAUCACAAGCACAGCUUGCAGAUACAGUGACACUCCAGAGCCAGAUUGAGCAGGCUGGCUCGAAUCUGUCAAUUGGCGAGCGGCAGUUGUUGUGCCUGGCACGGGCCUUGCUACGGAAGCCAGAACUGCUGGUUUGCGACGAAGCCACAUCGUCCGUGGAUGCGGCGACGGAUGCCCGAGUGCAGGCGUGCCUGCGAGCAGCGGCUUCUAAAGGAACCGCGCUGCUGACCAUUGCGCACCGCUUGGCAACCAUUGCCGACUACGACAAAGUUCUGGUGCUGCAGGCAGGCAAGCCCCUGGAGCUUGGCAGCCCGGCAGCGCUGCUCCAGGACCCCUCUUCGGCCUUCUCCCUCUUGGUGGACUCCUUAGGCCCCCACGAGGCCGGGAGCGUGCGCAGCGCCGCCAAAGCGGCGCGCUCGCGGCUCUCGCUGUAA